AUGGAUGAAAAGACCAAGCAGUACUCAACAGUCCCUAGGUUCCCAGAAAUGGAAUCUAACGACUACACAGGUAGCCAUGGAAGUAACCAGGUGGACUUCCUGGAGGAGAUGGCAGACCCUGAGGACAUUUCAUUGGACAGCCUGAUCUUUCAGAGACCAGAAGAUGAGGUCUCCUAUCAGAAGAGGGGAGGAGGACCAGGAUCCUGUGAUAACAAUGAGCUGGAGAAUGUCUUGGACUCCAUCCUGGACACCUCAUCAUCCAGUCACCUUCACCCAUGGGCUGAUUAUGUCAUUCCAGAGUUACAGCAAAUCUCUUUAACACCUGCUACUUCAACCAAGACCCUUAGUGACCCCACAGCUGACAAAGAGGAGGCUGGAGUUUGGACUGGGGCCACAGCUGCUGAAAAAAAGAGCAUUCCUACUUUUGUGCCUAAAGAGCAGGACAAAGCCACACUGGAGUAUACUAGAGAAGAUCCAUUGGAAGGGAAGGGUGGGAGCCAUGGAUUAUUGACUUCUAGGCAUCUACUUAUGCCAGUUGAUGAAAACCAAAGCAGUAUGCCCAUGUUGCCUGGAAGUACGAUGUACCUGCCUGCACAGACCAGGCGUAUUGAGGACAAUGAUGGUAGUGAGCAGAGAUCUCCCCCAAGCUCAUCCCAACAUUUAUCCCCAUACCCUGGUCACAGUUCCUGCUCACACCAUGAUGGCAAAGUCAAACAGGAAGAUUCUGAGGACUCUUUAAUUAAACCUCCAGAACAAAGCACCUUGUAUCGAAAUUAUGGAUUACCAUCACCGCUAGGUACUGACCAAUCUCUGGAAUAUAUGUGUAAAACCGAGGCUGCAACAACAUAUGAAAAUUUCAGAUCUGCCCUAGGUAAAUCAUCUGAUAAUACCAUUCACGUUUUGCCCACUUCUUCCACCACUUCCCAAAACCACCACCAACCCUUGAGCCUCAAUGGCCACCAGCAAAUUGCCUUCCAAUCAGGAACUGUGAAAGAUACCUUCGUACCCCAGAUUCAUAUACCCUAUGUCCAAUAUUGCAGGCCCGAUGACCCAGACCAAAGUUCUCAGUAUGAUUUUGAUGCUUUGCCCCAGAAGAUCUGCUUAAUCUGUAGUGAUGAAGCCUCGGGUUGCCAUUAUGGAGUCCUCACCUGUGGGAGCUGCAAAGUCUUCUUUAAAAGAGCCAUAGAGGGACAGCACAAUUACCUGUGUGCUGGAAGGAACGACUGCAUUGUUGAUAAAAUCAGAAGAAAGAAUUGCCCUUCGUGUCGGCUCAGGAAGUGCUGCCAAGCUGGUAUGGUCCUGGGAGGUCGAAAGUUCAAAAAGUUUAACAGACUGAAACCCGGAAGGGAGCCGGACAGGACCGUGAUGCAGCAACCCUCCACCACCUCCGUGGAAUGUCAGUCUCUGACACGUAGAACAUCUACAAGUUCAACACAAGAGAUUCAGUACUUUCCAGAACUUCUGCAGAUUCUACAGAGUAUAGAGCCCGAGGUGGUGUAUGCCGGAUAUGACAACACUAAGCCCGAAACCCCCAGCGCUCUGCUGUGUAGUCUCAACCAGCUAUGUGAACGACAACUCCUCUGUGUGGUGAAGUGGUCCAAAUCCCUACCAGGAUUUAGGAAUUUGCAUAUUGAUGAUCAGAUUAUCCUCCUACAAUAUUCCUGGAUGAGUCUGAUGGUGUUUGCUAUGGGAUGGAGGUCCUAUAAGCACGUCAGCGGGCAGAUGCUUUACUUUGCACCAGAUUUAAUUCUGAAUGAACAAAGAAUGAAAGAGUCAUCGUUUUAUUCCCUCUGUGUCUCAAUGAGGCAGCUGCCGCAGGAGUUUGUGAAGUUACAGGUCAGCCAGGAGGAAUUCCUGUGCAUGAAGGCUCUUCUGCUUCUGAAUACAAUUCCUUUGGAAGGUCUUAAAAGUCAAAGUCAUUUUGAUGAGAUGAGGUCUAAUUACAUUAGAGAAUUGGCAAAGGCCAUCAACUUAAGGCACAAAGGAGUUGUUGCGAGUUCCCAGCGGUUUUAUCACCUGACCAAAGUAAUGGACUCCAUGCAUGAACUAGUCAAGCAACUCCACCUGUAUUGCCUCAACACCUUCCUUCAGUCUCGGGCGUUAAAAGUAGAGUUCCCGGAAAUGAUGACAGAGGUCAUAUCGGCCCAGCUCCCCAAAAUCCUUGCAGGGAUGGUAAAGCCGCUGGUCUUUCACAAAAAGUGAAUCCUCCUUCCUCUCUGUUCUCCAUAUCUAUUUAUUUUUAUUUAGUCAGAGCUGUUUUAUGUGUUAA